GAAUCGAGUCAGCACAAAGAGCAUCGCCCGCCGCGCACGGGUGGUAAGGCAAAACAGAGGGGGAAGAGUGGAAAAACGAAAGUAAUUGAUGAAGGAAAAUUACAGGGUAAAAAUCCGCGAGCGUUCAUCUUCAAGUCUUCUUCGAAGGCGAAGAAGGCGAGGACGAUCGCAGCUGAGAAACAGCAACGCAAACUCCGCGUGCCCGUCGUCGAUCGGCAGUCAAACGAGCCGCCGCCGUACGUUGUCGUAGUGCAAGGACCACCAGCAUGCGGCAAAUCGACAGUUAUCCGCUCGCUUGUAAAGCAUUAUACCCGUCACGCGCUGUCUGAGGUGAAAGGACCGAUUACGGUGGUAAGCGGCAAGAAGCGACGAAUCCAGUUUGUUGAGGUCGGCAACGAUUUGAAUGAGAUGAUUGACGCUGCCAAGCUUGCUGACUUGGUACUUCUCGUAGUAGAUGGCAGCUAUGGGUUCGAGAUGGAGACAUUUGAGUUCCUAAAUGUCCUUCAGGUGCACGGUUUCCCAAAAGUGAUUGGUGUACUGACACAUCUCGACCAAUUUUGCGAUUCAAAACAACUUCGGAAGCAGAAGAAGAGCAUGAAGGCGCGUUUCUGGUCGGAAAUACACAACGGCGCAAAACUGUUUUACUUGAACGGCACGCGAAACGGGCAAUAUCUAAAGCGGGAUACUCUGAAUCUGGCACGCUUUAUUUCAACCGCGAAGUUCAAACCUCUCACAUGGCGCAGCACGCAUCCUUACGUUGUGGGUGAUAGGUUUGAAGAUAUCACACCGCCACGUGAAGAAAACGACGUGCAACAUUCAGAAUGCGAUGUCGCUAUCUACGGAUGGUUGCACGGCUGUAACAUGAGAACUGGGCAACUUGUCCACAUCGCAGGUGUUGGUGACUGCACAGUAGAUGACAUACAGACCCUUCCAGAUCCAUGUCCUCUGCCUUCGUCAGAUAAAAAGCAAAGAAAGCUUGUUGAUCAGUCGAAGAGUAUAUACGCACCCAUGACCGAUAUCGGUGGGCUCCUUUAUGAUAAAGAUGCCGUAUACGUGAAUAUGGACGACAGAGAUGUUAACUUCUCAAGGCGCAUCAAGGAAGGCGAGAACAGUAGUGGCAGCCUCAGAUUCGAUGCAGAAAGUACAGAGCACAAGAAGGCCGGGAUCGACAUGGUCUAUGGCUUGCAGGACGCGCAAAUAUCACUCGAUGAUAAACUUAGAGCAUCGGGAAUUCAGUUUUUCGUGGGACGAAAGACAUUUAAAGGGGAUGGCGUGGAAAGCUUGGGAUACAACAAAGUUGAUUUCCAAGACAAAUUCCAAGGCUUUAACAGUGGUAAUCAAGCGAUAGAUCAGCACGACAGCGGCAACGGCCCCGACUACAAGGAAAUCAGGAUGAGACGCGCAGCCAAUUUUGCUAAAAAUCACGCCGUCGUGGAAAAGGAAGGAAAAAAAAUUGAGGAACCGGAUGGAAACAAUAUCUCAGGUCAUAUGGAGAUAAAUAUGGUUACAAAGACAACAGCACGCGAAAUUUGCUUGUUUGGAACUGCGUACGAAUCUCAUCAAGAUGCACAAGAAAAUAAUACACCUGUCCCGAGUAAUAACAGUGGUGGUUUCUUCAAACGGGCAGGUCACAUGACUUCAGAUGCUUUCGAUGCUUCAAAAUCUAUUACCUUCGAGGGUAGCAAGUUUCAACACUUGCUCUUUUUUGAUGAUCACGGGCUGGGCAGCAGAUUUGUGACAGGCGACUGGACGGCGGCGGCAUGUAGAAAUGAUCACGUCACGAAAUCUGAAGCUAAGUUAGGUCGUGGGAAAAGGGGCGGGGAUUGUGCUGAUAUUUACGGCAACUUUGAGGACUUAGAGACGGGCGAUUUUUUGGGCACAACUGCAGGCCACCCUAUGACCGACGAUUGCCGCAAAAUCGAUGAGAUAGUUGAUAUGGAAAACCAUCAGAAUUGCAAGAGCAUUGUAAAAGGCGUGUUUCCAUGCAAAACAAAGUCGAUUGGGAAAGACGGAACCAUAGAAAAUGACACGAGCGUUUGCACCGACGUGAAUAACCCUCUGUCUUACUUUGACUACGUGAAGGACGCGUUGCAAGAGCGCGCUCUAAAGACGCACCGUGAGCUCGAUAGGCUGCCCGAUACGACGCGCGAGGCUCUCGAAGGUUAUCGUCCAGGUUCCUACCUUCGGCUAGUUCUAAGAAGCGUUCCGCGUGAAUGGGUUGUACAUUUCAAUCCUAUUCGUCCCAUCCUUAUCGGUGGCUUACUUGCCUCGGAGGAUUCGUUUGGCUAUCAACAUUUACGUUUUAAAAAGCACAGGUGGUUCGGAAAAGUCCUGAAGAAUCAAGAUCCUCUCAUCUUUUCAAUUGGCUGGCGCAGAUUUCAGUCGAUUCCAGUGUACUCUGUAAAGGACGCGAACGGUCGUUAUCGCAUGAUAAAGUAUACUCCAGAACAUAUGCAUUGUCAUGCAACUAUUUAUGGGCCAAUGAUCCCACAGAAUACAGGUGUCGUGGCGUUCCAGUCGUUAGCUGAAAAAGUUGUGUCAUUCCGGAUCUCAGCGACUGCCACUGUUCUCGAAGUAGAUCAUUCGAUAAAAGUGAUGAAAAAGCUCAAGCUUGUUGGAUUGCCGACAAAAGUGUUCAAAAAUACAGCCUAUAUUACUGGCAUGUUCAAUUCCGCGCUGGAGGUCGCAAAGUUCGAGGGCGCUGCAUUGCGCACAGUUUCUGGCAUCCGCGGACAAGUUAAAAAGGCAGCGAAGUUAGGACAGUCUGCGCCGCAUUUGACAAAGUCUGUUCAUGCUGGGUUUCAUCCUCAUGAGGAGGGAACAUUCAGAGCUUCAUUCGAGGAUAAACUUCUUCUUUCUGAUAUUGUUUUCCUGCGCAGCUGGGUGCGUGUUGACGUUCCGAAGUACUUCAACCCGGUGACAUCUUCCUUGGUUGGAAAGCAUGGAAGUUGGAAUGGCAUGCGGACGGUGGCACAGCUUCGGCAUGAACGAAAACUUUCCAUUCCGGUCAAUCGUGAUUCCAUCUACAAGCACAUCGCACGACCGCUUCGUGUAUUCAACAAACUACAUGUGCCUAAAUCGCUCCAGCGGGCUCUUCCAUUCGAAUCAAAACCUAAGAUUGAGACAAAGAGGAUGCAACGUACGCUUGAACAGAAGCGUGCAGUUGUUUUUGAUUCAGAGGAAAAGAGUCUUGCAACACUGGUACAGCAACUGAGCACCAUUCGUAACGACCGUGCUGGAAAAGUCAGAUGCAAAGCGGUGUCAAAGAGAGAAAAACGAACAAAGCAGAUCAUCAAAGAUGAAGUAUGGCGAAAGGACCUUAGCAGACAAGAAAGGAAGAAGCGUUAUCGCGAACAAGGU